GUUUCAGGUACAGAGAGGUCCUGAUGAUCCUACUCGCUACAAGUCCUAUAGUGACUGUGUAAAGAAAAUGAUCCGUAAUGAAGGUCCAUUGUCAUUUUAUAAAGGAGUCUUACCUCCACUAAUGGCCGAGACUCCUAAAAGAGCCACUAAGUUUUUUACAUUUGAGCAGUAUAAGUCUUUGCUGACCAGGAACAGAGAUGCAACAGCUAUGACCUAUAUAAUAGCUGGUACUGGCUCAGGGAUUACCGAAGGCAUAAUGAUCACUCCUUUUGAAAGAGUGAAGAUAUCACUUCAGUCAUUGCGCUCUCACAUCAGAGAU